CCUAACCCCGCCUUAUCUCCAGUUUUCCACUCCACGCCUGGAGCGCUCUUCCUAGACCCCAGCUAUGGCUUCCGCGCUUCGAUUCUUCCCCCUCCCAAACCCCCGCCCUUUCCAUUCCCUCCCCUCGCGCCAAAAAUCUCCCGCCACUGUCGCCAUCCCUCGCUGCUCGUCCAAUUCAAAUCCCAACGGUAAUCCUAACCCGACUCCAGAAGAGAACGACUCGAUCCCCGAGCCGCCGUCCGUGGGCGGCGCCACCUCCUACGAGGUCCAGAAGCGGGUCAAGUCGGCGAUCCUCCGGGACGGGCGCCGGCCGGCUAAGAUCGAGCGGCCGGAGCCGCCCAACUUCGAGAUUGGAUGGAAGCGGACGAAGGAGAUCAAAACGGAGAAGCCCAAGGGCUGGAUGAUCGCGGAUUUUUUGGAGAAAUUGGAGGGACUGAUGGGGCGGCGGCAGUACGGGUCGGCGGAGCUUCUGGCGAAGGUCGGGGAGAUCGUGGCGGAGCAGGCGCGGGAGGAGGCGGAGGUGCUGGUGGCCGGCGGCGAGGUGGAGGAGCGGCUGGUGACGGAGCUCUACCGGGUGCUAAAACUCAUGGAGAUGGACCUGGAGAUGGUGAAGGCGGCCAUCAAGGAAGAGACGCUCGCCCUGCGACUCGACCAAGCCCAGGCCCGCUGCCGCCAGGCCAUCCUCGUCGCCCUCUCCUUCUGAUCUUGGCCAUCUUGUUCGAAUUAAUGCUCGUUAACACCAGUUUCUGGCUUAUUACUACUCCAAAUCAUAAUGUCAAAAUUUUGUGCUACUUAUGUUGAGAAUUUAUAUAUUGGGACUAAGAUUGAUGGGUAGCACGGCAGGAUUGCACA